AUGGUGCCUUCUUCUUCGUGCAUUCAUCACCUAACAAACCAACCCAUCUGGCUUCUCCUUCUCUCAUCUUUAGGUUUCUUCAUCUUUCUCAAACAAGCCACCUCUCUGGCCAACUGGGUUUUCAUCAUCCUCCUCAGACCCCCUAAAAACCUCAAAAAAUACGGCUCAUGGGCUAUGGUCACCGGCGCCACAGAUGGCAUAGGAAAAGCCUUCGCCUACCAACUCGCCCAAAAAGGCCUCAACUUAAUCCUUGUCAGCCGCAACUCCGCCAAGCUCAAAUCAGUCUUGAAAGAAAUCCAAGCACAUUAUCCCACCACCGAAAUAAAAACCGUCGCCUUCGACUUCUCCGUCGGUAGCUUGGGUGGUAUGAAUGAGCUGCUAGAGGAGGAGAUCAGAGGGCUGGACGUCGGCGUUUUGAUAAACAACGUUGGUGUGACGUACCCAAGUGCUAGAUUUUUGCAUGAGGUGGAUGAGCAACUGUGGACGAAUGUGGUAAAGGUGAAUGUGGAGGGCACAACCAGAGUGACCAUGGCGGUUUUACGAGGAAUGGUUGAGAGGAAGAGAGGUGCCGUUGUCAAUAUUGGGUCCGGCGCAGGCAUUGUCGUGCCCUCACAUCCUCUCUUCACCGUCUAUGCCGCUACCAAAGCUUACGUGGACCAAUUGUCAAGAUCCCUCCACAUGGAAUACAAGCGUUAUGGCAUUGAUGUGCAGAGUCAGGUGCCAUUAUACGUAGCAACAAAGCUGGCGUCAAGGGUGGCAUCCAUCGAGAGGUCAUCUCUGUUCAUACCCACGCCACAUGCGUAUGCCGAAGCAGCGAUUCGGCGCAUUGGGUAUGAGGCCCGCUGCACACCGUUUUGGGCUCACUCUCUUCAGUGGUGCUUGGGGAGCUUGGUCCCCGACUCUCUUCUUGACGCUUGGCGCCUCUCUAUUGGCUUGAAAAGAAGGGCCAAGCUACACCAUGCAUUAACUAGCUAG